GAGAACAUACUAGAGAUAUUUUAUAAAAUAUGGCGGAACCAGAUAAGAUGUCAGAUAAUUCCAACGAUAAAAUAAUGAAAAAAAAUGAUUCAAAUGCAAAAAAUUCUCAACAAAAUGAUAACGAAGAUGCCGAUAGUUUAGAUGAACAACCAUUGGAUAUUGGUGAACAUUAUCUUGUACGACGUUCUGCAGAAUCUUGGCAUCCGGCUGAGAUUAUACAAACACGAUUUAAUGAAACUGACAAUCAAUGGGAAUACUAUGUGCAUUAUGAAGGAUAUAAUCGACGAUUGGAUGAAUGGGUUCCGCGCGGUAGAAUUAUGUCAGCAAGAUUUCAUUUAUCGGAAGGCAAAACUGGAGCAGAUAGUAAGGCAUGGCGUGAACGAUCUUUGGUUACAGAUUUAUUAGCAGAUAGUACAGAUAGAAAAAUUACUCGAAAUCAGAAACGGCGACAUGAUGAAAUUAAUCAUAUUCAAAAAACAUAUGCAGAAAUGGAUCCAACCACUGCUGCUCUGGAAAAAGAACAUGAACAAAUCACUAAAGUUAAAUAUAUUGAUAAAAUACAAAUAGGCCGGUUUGAAAUAGACACAUGGUAUUUUAGUCCAUAUCCAGAAGAAUAUGGACGUCAAUCAAAAUUAUGGUUAUGUGAAUAUUGUCUAAAAUAUAUGCGAUUAGAGAAAACUUAUCGAUAUCAUAUGAGUGAAUGUACCUUAAGACAACCAUACGGGAAAGAAAUUUAUCGACGGGGAACGUUAUCUGUAUGGGAGGUUGAUGGAAAAGAUCAUAAGAUUUAUUGCCAAAAUUUAUGUCUAUUAGCAAAAUUAUUUUUGGAUCAUAAAACAUUAUAUUUUGAUGUGGAACCAUUCUUAUUUUAUAUUUUGUGUGAAGUGGAUAAACAUGGAGCACAUAUUGUUGGAUAUUUUUCAAAGGAAAAGGAAUCACCAGAUGGAAAUAAUGUAGCGUGUAUUUUAACAUUACCGCCAUAUCAACGUCAAGGAUAUGGAAAAUUAUUAAUUGCAUUUAGCUAUGAAUUGUCUCGAUUAGAAGGAUGUGUGGGCAGUCCAGAGCAACCGUUAAGUGAUUUAGGAAAAUUAAGUUAUCGAUCAUAUUGGUCUUGGGUAUUAUUAGAAGUAUUACGGAAUGUUCGUGGUACAGUUUCAAUUAAGGAUUUAAGUGUAAUGACCAGUAUUACUCAAACUGAUAUAAUAUCAACUUUACAAAGUAUGAAUAUGGUGAAAUAUUGGAAAGGACAACAUGUAAUUUGUGUAACACCUAAAUUAAUCGAAGAGCAUAUAAGGUCAAAUCAAUUUAAACGACCCAGGUUAACUGUUGAUAAAAGUGCUUUACGAUGGACUCCAAGGCGAUAUGGACCUCCAAAAUUAGGCAAGAAAUAACAAUUAAGUUUAGUAGUUACAUUGUUAGAAUUAUAUUUAAAUAACUUAUAUAUUUGUUCAA